AUGUCAGGCGGCCACUUGUCAAAGGAGUUCUUUGAGCUCGUCAAAUCAAUUGGUGAGAGUAAAUCAAAGCAAGAAGAAGAUCGUAUUAUUCUUCAUGAAGUAGCACAGCUAAAGCGAAAAUUAAGUGAUGUAACGGCCUCUUCUAGCACAUCCAGUAGUCUCGUAAACAAACGUAAGCGCGAAUUUCUCAUUCGUCUCAUGUACGUCGAGAUGUUAGGACAUGAUGCAUCUUUUGGCUAUAUUAAGGCUGUAGAGAUGACAGCUAGUACGAAUCUGAUGCAGAAACGCGUAGGGUAUCUUACCUGUAGUUUAUGUCUAUCUCCGACGCACGAAUUCCGCUUUAUGAUUAUUAAUCAGCUGCAGAGAGAUCUACAAAGUUCCAAUCAUCUUGAAGUUUGUGCUGCUUUAAUGGCAGUAUGUAAACUAGUGACUGUGGAAAUGGUACCGGCAGUUCAGCCUAUGAUCCUUGAUUUGUUACGGCACGACGCUGAGCUCGUUCGCAAGAAAGCGGUAAUGGCUAUUCACCGCUUUCACCAACUGAAUCCAGACUCGGUCACGGAGGUGGGAGAUGCAUUACGUCGUACACUGUGUGAUCGCGAUCCUAGUGUCAUGGGAACAACGCUCUGUAUUCUCCACGAUCUUGCGGUGGCUACUCCCACAAAUUACAAGGACCUCGUACCUAGUUUUGUUAGUAUCCUCAAGCAGAUUACGGAGCACCGUUUACCUCGUGAGUUUGAUUACCACCGUAUUCCAGCACCAUGGAUCCAGAUCCGUCUCUUGAAGAUUUUGGCACUGCUGGGUCAAGCUGACCAGCAAACCAGUGAGGGCAUGUACGAGGUGCUGCACGAUGUCAUGCGUCGUGCUGAUACGGGCAUUAAUGUGGGAUAUGCUAUUAUCUACGAGUGUGUGCAGACUGUCACAACGAUCUACCCGAAUAGUACGCUGCUAGAUGCUGCAGCUGCAAGCAUUUCUCGUUUUAUUUCGAGCGACAAUCACAAUCUAAAAUACUUAGGUGUCACGGGACUUGCUGCUAUCGUAAAGGACCACCCGCGUUACGCUGCAGCGCACCAAAUGGCUGUUAUUGACUGCCUUGAGGAUCCAGAUGAAACACUAAAGCGGAAGACGCUGGAUUUGCUGUAUCGCAUGACAAAUCCCGUGAACGUCGAGUUCAUUUCGGACAAGCUCACCCAGUUUCUUCGUGAAGCUUCAGAUGUUUUUCUCCGUACGGAACUGGUCUCGCGCAUUACGCAAUGUGCUGAACGCUAUGCACCCAGCAACGCUUGGUACAUUCAGACCAUGACGAAUGUAUUUGAGUUGGGUGGCGACCUUGUUCGGCCUGAGGUGGCACACAACUUGCUGCGUUUGAUUGCUGAGGGGAGCGGUGAAGAUGAAGAUCAGGACAUGGAACUGCGUCGUGAUGCGGUGGACACUUACCUUGAACUGCUGGAACGCCCAGUGCUGCCCGAUAUUUUGGUCUGUACCAUGGCUUGGGUCCUUGGCGAGUACGGGUAUCUGUCUGACGCUAUGGAGCUUGAGGAGAUCUGUGAGCGCCUUGUGGAGCUUGUUGAUCGCCCUUUUGAGCAGGAAGACACUACGCGUGGCUACGUACUCUCGGCUGUCACGAAGAUAACGGCUCAAAUGGGACACACCAUUGAUGUGGCUGACGCAAUGAUGAACAAGUACAAGACUAGCCGCAGUACGGAUCUUCAGCAGCGCUGCUUUGAGUACCUUGCACUAACUAAGAACUUUUCUCUAAUGAACGAGGUCUUCCCGGAAGACGCAAGCUGCGAAGACAUUGAGGUCGAUUCUAACCUUUCCUUUCUCACGAGCUUUGUCGAGAAGGCUGUUGCUCAGGGAGCACCCCUCUACGAUCCACCUGAGGACUCAGAUGAUGAGGAUGAAGGAUACGGUAAUCGCCGCAAUGGCGGUGACUCGAACCGCCUCAAUUUUGAGGCGUACAAGAAGCCUGAAAUUCCUUACCCGACUAAACUUCCUCCUGUGGACCCGCAAGGUGCAUUUGGAAUGAACAAGUGGGGUAAUGGUCAGGGCGGUAUGCCCGGAUUGGGCAAUUCUGGCGGCCCAGAUACGAUUGGAGGUAUUGGUGUUGGAAAGCGUGGAGCAGUCAAGAACGUAUGGGGUCCAACUGGCCUUAGCACGCCUGACAACACCGCGCCCGCAGCAGCACCUGGAGUUGGUGGCCCUGGAGGUGGUUACCCACCCGACAUGUACAACCAGGGCGGUCAGGCUGCCUAUGGCGGACAAGUCGGACAAGCUAGUUACGGUGCGCAGCCUGUCUAUGGCGGCCAAGGAUUAUACGGAGCUCAGCCUCUCCAGCAAGCGCCGCAGCAAGAUUACAGUGGCUCUAAUAAUUACGAUAUCGGUGAGCCUUCAAGUGAGGACGAAGCCAUAGGCAAUGUUGACGAGCGUCAGAUUUUGGCUUCGGCCAUCUUUGGCGGCAUCCCGGGUGCUCCCGCCCUGCUGCCAGGGGCCCGACGUAUUGGAUCAAAUGCUCGUCCAGCUCCCCGCCGUACUGGUCGUUCUUCAACGCGUCGCACAACGAGCCGAGGCGACCAGCAGCAGCCUCCUCCUCCUCCAGUACAAGCCCCAAUGGAACAAGCUCCGCCUCCGCCACCGCAAGGUCCAAAAGUUGAAAUGGACCUGCUCGACAUUUCGUUCGAUGUGCCAGCAGCCCCGCAGAAUACAAGUAUGUUCCAGCAGCCGUCGCUACAACAACCGUCGCUACAACAACCGUCGCUACAACAGCCGCCGCUACAACAUCAGCUACCACCACUACAACAUCAACAGCAGCCACCACUACAACAACACCAGCAGCAGCCACCACUACAAUAUCAGCAGCAGCCGGUGGCGAAUGCAGAUCCGUUUGGAAUGGGCUCGAUGCUUGCGUCAGCGCAUAUCUCUGAAGCUAGUACCCCAGCCCCUUCUUUGGAUCCCUUCGACAUGUCGGGACUCGGCUCGAGCAUGAAUGCUGCUGUUGAGCUUGGCAAAAGCCCUGCGAACAGCUUGGAUAUGUUGGGAAGUAGCAGCAGCAGCAACAAGGGCGUUUUCCAGUACAACGGGCGGCAGCUCGAGCCGUGGCAGAUCACUACACAGGACUUUGGUGGUCGUUGGGGCACUUGUCCGUGUGAGAAGAAGAUAAAGGUGGACCCGAGCAGUGUUCGCACGCUUGAAGAUUUCAUGGGUCGAAUGCACAUGUUUAAGGUGCACACCGUCGAAGCCAUUCCAACGACCAAUGAAGCCAUUGCAGCUUGCCGUUUAGUUAACUCGGAACAUGUAGGAUUGAUUCACGUCAAGGUUCGCAGUGGCGGGUUUGUGGACCUGACGGUUCGUACAGCUGACAUGGAGUUUACAAACCAGCUCCUUAAUGCAACGGCAGAGCGACUUAAAUAG